UGUUGUCUAAUUAGUAACUGUGUUAUGUUUGGUUAAAAUAAGUUAUCGAGGCGUUUAUAUUUUGUAUUUUUAUUUUAUCGGAUUUACACAGGAUGAGCAUUAUCAAAGCGUUAUCCAAUCGGUCUGUUGGGAGUGCAUGGACUCAGCAUGUCAGCCUGUUGUCAGGGACGGCCCUGCUGGACGAGUUUGAGUGUCAUUUACCUGACGAGCAUCCCAUUAUUGAUGAUGAGGAAGGUACUACUGUACCUCCGCUGGCUUGUGCUUUCUGUCCAGUGAAGGGUUUUACUCAUGUUUUGGCCCUGGCAGAUGAGAAUGGCUGUGUUAUUUUGUACAACACUCACAAGACUGGUAUACAGGCUGCAACAGCAGAGUGGCUGAGUCACACAAAUGCUGUGUUUGACCUGACCUGGUUAAAGACAGAACAGAAGCUGAUUACAGCCUCUGGGGACCAGAGUGCAGUACUGUGGGAUGCUGUGUCAGGGGACAAGCUGGAAGUGUUUAAGGGGCACACGAGCAGUGUCAAGUCUGUGUGCAUUGGUCAUGAUAAUGAUGCUGUAUUUGCAACUGGAUCAAGGGAUGGACACAUUAUGGUUUGGGACAGAAGGUGCAACAAGAAAGACCAGCGUAUGCCUCCUGUGAACAUUAUAAGGAAUGCCCAUUGCCUUCCACCGCCGUCUGCCAGCAAGUCCAAGAAGAAGAUGAGGAUGGGACCAAUUUUGGAUAGCCAGCAGAGUGUGACCAAUGUACUGUUUCAGGACCAGUAUCAUCUUGUCUCGGCGGGAGCUGUGGAUGGUGUGGUAAAAGUUUGGGACAUGCGUAAGAAUUACUCUACAGUGCAAACAGACCCGGUCCCCAAAUAUUCACUUCUAUACAGUGGCUUUAGCUCCAGAAAACAUGGAUUUUCCAGUCUCUUAUUUGACUCGACAGGCACCAGACUGUUUGCCAGCUGUACAGAUGAUGUCAUAUACCAGUAUGACUUUAUCAAUUAUUCACCAAUUCCAGUUCACUGUUACAAGGGCCACCAGAACAGCACAUUUUAUAUAAAGACGUCAGUCAGCCCUGAUGACCAGUAUAUUGCCAGUGGGUCAAGUGAUCAACAGGCCUACAUAUGGAAGAUUGGCCACCCUCAGGAGAGCCCGGUCAUGCUGAAAGGUCAUUCUGCAGAGGUCACCAGUGUGGCCUGGUCACCAGAGGACUUCACUAAGAUUGCCACCCUGUCCGAUGAUAACACUAUGAGGGUUUGGAGGGCCACUAAACGCCUGGGGCUGAAAGGCCUUGGGGCUUUAAUAGGCACUGCUCAGAGGGUCAGCAAGGACAUAGGAGUUUCUACUGGCACGUUGGGUGUUCUGGGCUCGCCACUGUCUAGGAAAUCUUGUGUUCAUGCAGAGUUGAUGACACCUCCUUCGCAGAAGCGUAGCCUGUCUCUGUCAGCUCAGAGCGGCCCUCACAGUAGUUCACUCGGUUCUGCUCGGAAAACUGCCAGUCUCAUUCCACAAACACCUCCGUCUAUCAAGAAAUGGUUUUCACAUGCACAUACUGGUGAGAAACCCUCACAGCUGCCUGGUUCCCAUACGAAAUGCACAGAGCAGGAAAAUGUGCCUAUAUUGAAAGUCAGGGGCAAAACCAUAAGAACUCCUGUUUGUAAGAGAAAGCUUAUAAGCACCGACAUGGAGGCAGACAAAGCAGAAUGUGAAAGUCCGUUUAAACGAAUGUGUAGGGAUCCACUGGAGGACAUAUCAUCACGCGAAAAUGUUACGACAGUGUCACAGACUGAAAAUAGGGUAGACCUUAAACCGAGCUGUGCCAGGGUGGAAUUUGACUGUACAGCUUCACCUGUCCGAAAAUUGACACAGCCAAGCAUAGUGUCCUCCCCUACUGCCAAUCUUCCCAAUCUAGUCAUGGGAGUGGGUGUGGUCACGCCUCCAAAAUCUGCCAAACAGCUGGGAUCUCCAUGUCAUUUUAGUAAAGGUCGUUCUAAUUGGCUGACCAAGCUAAGGUUACAGAGACAGACUGACAGCUGUGCAUUGUUGAGUCCCAAGGCAACCAGUGGCUCAUCAGCUGAGGAUGAAAACUCUCCCUACUCUGACACAGCCUUGUUCUCACCUAUCAGGUUAAAGAGCCCUGGGCCCAAUACAAAAUCUAUCCUAUCUUAUUUUCGACGGAAGGAAAACCCGACAUGAAGCUAUAAUGAUUACAUGCAUUUCCGUUCAACAAAUGAGUUAUGUGGGACAAAUUCUGAAACUUUUAAAUCACAUACAUUUAUCAAAAGUAUUUGUACUGCUGAUCU